AUCUCUCAAUCAGCUAACCUCUUUAGAGCCUCGUCAGCGCAUGAAAUCUCGUUCAUCGCCAACCAGCCUUUCCUCUUCCUGUUUCCAUCUAAGAAAGGUCAAGAUAGCAUCCGGCUGAAUGAUCCACCAUGGCGGACGCUGACUUUGAGGCCGUUAGAAAGCUUCAGGCUGAGCGGAACGCUGCUGCAGCUGCAAAGAAAGGAUCUCGCGGUCGCGAUCCUAACAGCCAGCGAUCCGAGAGCUCGACGAAGGCGAAGCUGACCGAAUCUUUCGACACCGACCUCUACGAGCGCGAUGGAGGUGACAAAUAUGCAGGAUAUCUCACCUCUAUCCCUGCCGGCGAUGGGGAAGACGAAGAGAUGGAAGAUGUUGACAACUCGCGUCGUCUAGUUGGCCAGUACACGGCGACACGUGCCCAGAUCGACGAAUUUGCACAUGGCAAUGGAGUCGAAGAAGAUGACCCCUUCGCUGGCAGAGGCGAAAACAGCACAAGAAUCAUCGAUCGUGAAUCCGACUAUCACAAGCGCCGCUUCGAUCGCGUUCUGACGCCAACCAGAGCUGAUGCCUUCAAUCGCCAGGGAGGUGCCGCCGAGGAAGGCGAUACGUAUCGAGAUAUUAUGGAGCGGAGAGAGAUAGAGAGGGAAGAAGAGCGCGUAAAGCGCGCUAUUCAAGCAAAACGGGAAGGAAAAGAAGCCGACGGUGAUCAGCAGGCAUCUCUCAAGGAUGGGGACAAGGAGAACUCAGAGGCCGGAUCCACCGACGCUGUAACUUCUGGACGGAAGCGCAAGAAGAGGUGGGAUGUUGCUUCGACAGCGGUAGAUGAACCUUCAUCUGAGCCGGCCGAAGGCAAAUCUAAAAGGUCUAGAUGGGACCAGGCGCCAUCACUCGCUGCCCCCGGUGCUGCUGAUGGAGCUAAGAAGAGAUCGCGAUGGGAUCAGGCCCCGUCUGCGACUCCAAUAGGAAACAGUGGACUGGUUACGCCAAUGCACACAUCCUCAAUCGGUGUUGGUGCCGUCAAAGCAGACUUACCUGGCCCUCCUGGUAUGCUAGGCGAUGAAGAGUUGGACGCAUUGCUUCCUGGUGAGGAGCAGGGCUACAAGACUCUUGAUCCGCCACAAGGUUAUUCUACGCAUCCUCCCCUUCACAGAGUUGCGGCUACGCCGCUGCCCCAGAACUACGGAGGUUUCAUGAUGCAGGAUCCGGAGAGUACAAGAUUAGGAGGAAGCCAGAUGCCCAAGGAAAUCCCUGGCGUUGGGGAACUACAGUUCUUCAAGCAAGAAGACAUGGCCUAUUUCGGAAAACUAGCAGAUGGCUCUGACGAAAACAGCUUGAGCGUCGAUGAACUAAAAGAGCGAAAGAUUAUGCGGCUCCUCCUGAAGAUCAAGAAUGGUACACCUCCCAUGCGGAAGACUGCCCUUCGACAACUAACGGACAAUGCGCGGCAGUUCGGCGCUGGUCCUCUAUUCAACCAGAUUCUUCCUCUUCUAAUGGAAAAGACAUUAGAAGACCAGGAGCGUCACUUGCUCGUCAAAGUGAUCGACCGUAUACUCUGGAAGCUAGACGAUCUUGUUCGGCCUUACGUUCAUAAGAUUCUAGUUGUCAUCGAACCCCUUCUCAUUGACCAGGAUUAUUAUGCCAGAGUUGAGGGCCGAGAAAUUAUAUCCAAUCUCAGUAAGGCCGCCGGUCUUGCCACGAUGAUCAGCACAAUGAGGCCAGAUAUUGACCAUGUUGAUGAGUACGUCCGAAACACGACUGCUAGGGCUUUUGCGGUGGUUGCCUCAGCGCUCGGCAUCCCCGCUCUCUUGCCUUUCCUGCGUGCUGUAUGCCGAAGCAAAAAAUCAUGGCAAGCUCGUCAUACCGGUGUCAAGAUCGUACAACAAAUUCCCAUUUUAAUGGGAUGUGCCGUACUGCCUCAUCUCAAGGGACUGGUGGACUGCAUAGGACCGAAUCUAAACGACGAGCAAACAAAGGUACGAACAGUGACCAGUUUGGCUAUUGCUGCUCUUGCCGAAGCAUCAAAUCCUUAUGGUAUUGAAAGUUUCGACGAUAUCCUAAACCCUCUAUGGACUGGUGCUCGGAAACAGCGAGGCAAGGGUCUCGCCGGCUUUCUCAAGGCUGUUGGCUACAUCAUCCCACUCAUGGACGAAGAAUACGCCAACUAUUACACGGCACAGGUGAUGGAUAUCCUCCUUCGAGAAUUCUCAUCUCCGGAUGAAGAGAUGAAGAAAGUCGUGUUAAAGGUCGUUUCACAAUGUGCAGGCACUGAAGGUGUAACAGCCGGCUAUCUGAAGGAGCACGUUCUCGAUGAAUUCUUCAAGAGCUUCUGGGUUCGGCGAAUGGCUCUAGAUAAGCGAAACUAUCGACAAGUGGUCGAGACAACCGUCGACAUUGGCCAAAAGGUUGGCGUCAGCGAGAUAUUGGAGCGAAUUGUUGGUAAUUUGAAGGAUGAGAGCGAAGCAUAUCGCAAAAUGACCGUCGAGACCGUCGAAAAGGUGGUUGCUGGCCUGGGAGCUGCAGACAUUGGAGAAAGGUUAGAAGAACGACUCAUCGACGGCAUUCUUCAUUCCUUCCAGGAGCAAAGUGUCGAGGACAUCAUCAUGCUUAACGGCUUCGGCACGGUGGUCAACGCCUUAGGCACGCGGUGCAAGCCUUACCUGCCCCAAAUAGUAUCAACUAUCCUGUGGCGACUCAACAAUAAAUCGGCAACAAUUCGUCAACAAGCUGCAGACCUUAUCAGCAGAAUCGCGAUAGUCAUGAAGCAAUGCGGCGAAGAUGCGCUCAUGGGCAAGCUAGGCGUUGUCCUAUACGAAUACCUAGGAGAGGAAUACCCUGAGGUCUUAGGUUCUAUCCUCUCAGCUCUCCGAAGCAUCGUUACUGUGGUUGGUAUAAGCCAGAUGCAACCCCCUAUCAAGGAUUUGCUGCCGCGUCUUACCCCUAUCCUACGAAACCGACACGAGAAGGUGCAAGAGAACACCAUCGACCUUGUGGGUCGAAUCGCUGAUCGUGGACCAGAGAGUGUGAACGCGAGAGAGUGGAUGCGAAUUUGCUUCGAGCUACUAGACAUGCUAAAGGCACACAAGAAGGGCAUUCGAAGAGCAGCCAACAACACGUUCGGUUUCAUCGCCAAGGCUAUCGGACCACAGGACGUGUUAGCAACCUUGCUUAACAAUUUACGAGUACAAGAGCGACAGUCUCGUGUUUGCACAGCUGUUGCAAUUGGUAUCGUGGCCGAAACUUGUGCUCCUUUCACUGUUCUCCCGGCUUUGAUGAACGAGUAUCGCGUUCCCGAACUUAAUGUCCAGAAUGGUGUGCUGAAGUCCUUGUCAUUCCUCUUCGAAUACAUUGGAGAAAUGGCCAAGGAUUACGUCUACGCAGUUACGCCACUCCUCGAGGAUGCUCUGAUAGACCGUGAUCAGGUACACCGACAGACAGCUGCAUCUGUGGUCAAGCACAUCGCGUUAGGGGUAGUUGGUCUAGGGUGUGAAGAUGCCAUGGUCCAUCUUCUCAACCUCCUGUGGCCUAACUUAUUCGAGACCAGCCCUCACGUCAUCGACCGAAUUGUGGAAGCAAUUGAGGCCAUCCGGAUGGCUGUCGGGCCCGGUCUUGUGCUGAACUACGUGUGGGCGGGCUUGUUCCAUCCCGCUCGCAAGGUUCGGCAGCCUUACUGGCGGCUCUACAACGACGCAUACGUGCAAGCUGCCGACGCCAUGGUGCCUUAUUAUCCAAACCUGAACGAAGAGGGUAUUGACAGGCCUGAGUUGGCGAUUGUGCUAUAGUUCGCGGUAGUCUUAAAAAAAUUCACAGUGAUAGCAUUGCUUUGGCUUACUUGGUUCGGGGUUGGGGCUGGUGGUGUAUAAUACAUGCUUAGGUAGAUGAAAAACCGGCUAACUAAUGAGAAGACAUCUUCGUGAAGCGUUAA